AAGGGGGCCGAAUACUUUUGCAAGGCACUGUAAGUGGGUGUGUUUGUGGGCUUUAUUUUUGGGAUCAACACACUUUAUUCUGGCUUUUCUUAUUUCCUCUUCACAGCUGCUUCCUUGGUCAGUGAAUUGUCGAAAAUGAGCAGUUCAAAAGAUGCAGCCUGUUUCAUUGUGUUACAGCUUUGUCACUUUUGUCUGAAAUGACAGCUAUUGACAAAUGGACCUUUUCAUAUAAAAACUCCUACACUGACCUUGCGCCUUGAAUUCCUUGUUUAUAAUCGUUUACAUAGAGAUCACCACUGUAAAGAAACACUGUUCAACGUCGCACACAAAGAAAAGAAAAUCUUCCAGCCGAGCGAAGAAUGCAAUAACACCAACCAGCAGUUGCAAUGUUCUACAAAAUGCAACAGUGUGUGUGAACACAGAAAGGAAGGAAACUGUGCACUCUAUGUUUCCUCCCGUGUAUAAAAUCUGCCACAUCCUCAGGUUUACCCAGGAGCGCAGUGUCUCAAGCUGCAGAAGACUAAAGAGGAGGUUUGGGCCUGAGUUCAGUUGGGGGAAGGGUUAAAGAGGAGGAGACUGGUAUAAAAAGAAGACACAGAAGCAGAGAGGAGGACAGACAGGAGAAGCAGAGAGAACAGACAGGAGAAGCAGAGAGGACUGUUCAAAGAUGGACCUAAAUCUUCUUCAAGCUCUGGAGAGGAAGUGUGUCUUGGAGGUUCUUCACAGAGACAAACAGCUGCGUAUUAUUGAAGAGGACAGGAUCAGGAGGAUGAAAUACGAGCUCCAGGAGCUUCGAAGGAGGGGUGCGAAGAGUCUGGACCGGCAAUAUGGGGAGCGGACCUGUGCUCGGUGCCAGAGGCCACUGGGAAAGUUCUGGAACUCAGGCGCAAUCUGCCAUGGCUGCAGCCACCGGAUCUGCAGCAAGUGCUGCGUAGGCAUGGGAGCAGUGGGCUGGAAGUGCACAGUCUGCCACGCCUACAGGGAGGUCAAGAUCAAGUCUGGAGAGUGGUUUUUAGAAGAAAAGGCAAAAAGAUUUCCAGGAACAACAGAUAAACAUGAGACAGUUGGGGAGAAGCUACUAAAGACACACAAUGUGCUGAGCCACAUAUCAGUUGUUCCCCCCACACCUCCGCCUCACUUGGAAUAUCAGUUUCUGAGCAGAUCUGGGGAUCUGCAAAACUCAAAGCCUUUCACUAAAUCUGUGGAAGAUCUAAUGGUUUCUUUCACAAGUCACAUCAAAAAAAUGUCAAAUUCUCAAAAUGAUGUGCGGGGAGACCGGCUGAGCGUUGAUACCAACCGCAGAGAGUCGUGCUUCAAGUUCACCACCCAGAAGAGCCUGUCUGACACGGACAUCAACAGAGCGAGCAACCUCUUCAAAGUCCCAAGUCUUCCAAACCUGUUCAAGAAAAGCAAAGACAGCGACCAGGAAAGUUCCUCCACUGGCGCAGAAGAAGAAACAUCCUUCGGUUCUGGGUACUCCACAGGAAAGAGAGGCAGUGCCAGCAGCAUCAGCACAGACUGCAGCCUCUUCGAGGGCGGCGGCGUGACAGGAGAGCUGGAACUGGCUCUGGCCUACAAUACCACCACCUCCUGUCUGGAGAUCACGGUUGGCGCCUGCAGAAAUCUCACUUAUGGAGAAACCAAGAAGAGGAAGUGUGACCCAUACAUCAGAUUCUACGUGCUGCCCGGAAAAAGCGGCAAAAUGAAAACAGGAGUGAAGAAAAACACCACAGAUCCAGUUUAUAAUGAAGUCUUGAAGUAUCAAAUAGAGCGCCGCCUGCUGUUUGGAAAGAGACUGCAGGCCUCUGUGUGGCAUGGACGGACCCUGAAAAGGAAAGUGUUUCUCGGUGAGGUCCUCAUCCCACUGGAUGGGUGGAGAUUUGAGGACAAGGCCUCCCAGUGCUUGAACUGGUAUCCACUGUGUUCAAAGUCUGAGUGUCCAGAUGGAGGCACUGUGGAGCAGGACAGAGAGGAUCUGCAGCUCAGAGUCAAGCUCAGCGCCAACAACCAGGGUGUCUGACUCCGGGAGCCCGCAGAGCUCUUCCAGACGAUGCCCAUGUGUGAGGAUGAGACUGUCUGAGGCUUCUCACCACCUGCUGUUUGGCCAAGGCUCCAGGACAUCUCUCUGAACCUGGACCUGUGGGAUGAGACCCCUGGGAGGGCUCAGAUAGAUCCUGGUAACAGCAGAGACUUCCCUUCUCACAUUCUGUAUAACCAUUUCUCUAGUAACUCUAUAACCCCACUUAUUUCAUGUUAGGUCUAUUUCAGUAUAUAAACAAUUACUAAAUGAUAACACACUAUAACUUGGUUGUAAGCAGACAAAGGUAUCAAUGUCUUAACUACAACUGCCCAUGCAAAGCAUCUGUAUAAUACAAA